UUUUGGGAGCAGUCUCGAGGCCCUUUGCUUUUUCCCCUUGCGGAUUAGAUGGGUUCGUCUUCAUCACCCAUCGCUUCAGCAUCCAAUUUUUCGUCAAUCCCAUUUCCAAACCCCAGAAUCAGAAUUCACGUCUCCUACCACUACAAUCAGAAAUUUCAAGUCACUAAUAAAAAGUUGUUCUCAAACGCGGCAGCGGUGUUAGUUGCAGCACCAACAAGACCAAGAAGACUAACAAGGUUACAAGUAAAUCUCGUUAAAUGCAGCAGCAGCAGCAACGGGAAUCAGAAUGAAACGGGUAGCAGUCUCGAGGAUAUACUAUCAGGUAUGGUGGAUGAGAGAGUAGAACAACUGUUCAACAAAGAGGAGAACCGGGUUUUGCUGGAUGGGUUGGAGAAAGCAACCCACAGAGUUGAAAUGGCCAAGAAACAGCUGGCUGAGAUUCAAAGACAAGAACUCGAGGCUAAGCUCCUGAGGGAUUAUGUUAACAAGCUCCAAUCCACUACUUCCCAGUUGAAGAUUGCAGAAUGUCAAAAAGAGAUUUUAGAUGCAAAAGCAAUGGUUGAAGAGGCAGAGCGUGCUUUAAUUGGUGGUAGUGGCGGGGAGGAAGAUUCUUUCACUGCAGUGAAAAUUCAAUCAGUUGACAGAAAUGAAGAGAGACUAGAAUCUGUAAAAGCGGCUUCAAUAUCUGCCAUAGUUGGCACCUUGGCAGGGCUGCCCUUAUCCUUAACUCGAAUAACUGCCAUCUCUGACCUAAUACUCCCUCUAGGAAUUACCUGUGUUAGCUGUGCUUUAUUUGGAGUAACCUUCCGGUAUGCAGUAAGAAGAAAUUUGGACGAUAUUCAUCUCAAGUCAGGAACAUCUGCGGCUUUUGGCGUUGUCAAAGGCCUUGCAACAUUGGGUGCCGAACCAGGUCUGGAGUUGGACACUGACAGCCUUUUGUCAACCGCCCUUGAUGGUGCAGUUUAUGUAUCUGAAAAUCUCUUGAUUUUCUUUUUGGCCGGUAUUGGUUUGGAUUUCUGCAUGAAAGUGGGGUUUCUAAGCCAAUUUCCUAUCGAUACAUCUAUUUCCAACACCAAUACAUGAACAGGCCUCUCAUAUGAUGGAAAAUUUCUUUGGUUGCGGCGAACUUGCAAACCUGUAUUGUUUGGACAGCCAUUUUUCAAAGAAAAAUUGCUACUUUUCCGUGAACACAUUUUUCAGUUACCUUUUUACUUCACAUAUAUCAAACAGUAAUUUUUUUACAAAAAUUCUAGAAAAAUGCAAUCCAAACACAAGAUGAACCAACAAUAUUGCUGCUUGGAAAAAUCAUGGAUCAGUCGCUCUUGUUGUCAAUCACACAAGCCCGUGCCAAGCUACGAAAGACUGAGGGCUGAAAAGCCAGGCUGCUGCCGCCAACCACUUGUUCCUUCAACUAGUGCAAUUUAUGCUUAAACCCUCGAUAGUACCUGCUACAGAGCGGAUGAGCUGCACACAAACUUGAUACAAUUCAACUGCAGUGGCCUUUCUCUGAAGCUUCGCCUAAAUUAAGCAACUGUUAUGGAAUCUUUACCGUAAAAUGAAAGGCUGAAGAACCAUUUGCAGUUUUUCUGUA